UGCUCGUGGACGAUUUCCCCUCGCCCCGCGCCCUGGCGGACUUCCUGCGGCAGCUGGACGCCGACGACGCCGCGUACGCCCGCUUCCUGGAGUUCAAGCGUCCCGGCGGGGUCGUCAACGGGCCCCUGCGGGAGGCCCUGCGCGCCCGCGAGUGGGGGGUCAACGACAUGACCAAGCCCAACUACCUCAACGGCUUCGAGUGCUUCGUGUGCGACCGGGAGAACGAGCGUCUGGCCGCCCAGCGCGCCCACCGCCGCGCCCCCGCCAGUGUCCCGCCCCCCCCGCCCCGCAUCGCCAGAAACUCCCACAUGGGCUGCCCCCUGCCCGCCCCCGGCUAUGGCCAACCGGAGGACAUCCCCCAGAAUGACAGCUGGGCGCAGAUGUGGCCGCAGGACUACUGGCAAAGCCUGGACCAGGCAGAGGGCCUGGAGUCUCUGAUCCUCCACAAUGAGUCGGACCCCUCACUCCUGUGGCACCACAUCCACCAGCUGGCGGUGCGGAGGGCGGGGCACCACUGAGGGUCCCCUCGUCCCUGCAGAACACCCACACUGGAUUGCCAACCGGAGCGAGAAGGGGGGACACAAUGAGGUCUUUUCAGAACUUGACCAACUUCGUUACCAGCCUGAUUAUGCUGUCCUGCUUCCAGCCAGAGAUCUGUUUAAUCACACAGCACAGUGGCGCUUGGGCCUCUGCCUGAGCCAAUCUAGAGCUCUUUCUGUGAGCUUGUUUUAUACCAGUGGUGCUCAAGCUUCUGAAGAACGAAGAGGAGCUGCGUGUGUCCCCUCGAGCUGGGAACAGCAGAGCCGAUCUGUGUGUCCAGAAACAGCAGGGGUCACUGCACCUAGCUGGGCUCUGCUGCAGAGUGCCUGCCCAGGGAUGUCUAAAAGCAGGCCAAGUGAAGUAUCAACAACGUACAGCAACAGUGCUGUGACGGAACGGAGACAAACCCUUCCUGCCGCUCCCCCUAUUUAUUUGUUUUUAUAUGAAAUUACUUUUUUUUACUAAUUUUUGCAAGAGUGGCAGUAGUGCAGUCGGAACUUCAGUGCAUACAGCCUUUGAGAAACUGUUAGCAAGCCAAAGAAAUCCUAUAGACCUAAUCCAGUAAUGAGAUGCCACAGAACAUUUCAGCUGCACAGUUUCAGCAGCACAGUUUUUUUUUAAUAACAUUAUAAUAUCAGUUUUGUAAUCCAUAGUAACUAACUUCUUGGUCCAAUACGGGGUCACGGAGAGACAAUAUAUAUCUUAUAUAGCCCAUGUAUAGUUGAAAAAGAUGUAUAUUGUUUUUACACACAUGCAAAGAAGCGUAUUAUUUUUUGUAAUGUGAAAAUUAAAGGACUCCCUUUUCAGAUG